GCUGUCUGCUGCUGCAGAGCUCAGAUGGGAAGAACAUUUCCAAAAAAUGGUCCUCAAACUUCAGGGCCUGGAUAAACCGGCGGGACAAGCUGCCUUCAGCUCGGUCACAGGCUGCACUUCAGCAGGCUGCAGUGUCAACUGAAAACGCCCUAGAUUCCUUGCUCAACCAGAUGCAGUCCCUGCCCAUGGAAGUGGGCAGCAGCAGCAGCAGCAGCUCGGCUCCCAGCGACACAUCUGGCUCGGUGGUGCAGGUGUGCUUCCCCAGCGCUCAGACCUCCGUGCUGGACAGCCUGAACCGGCAGAGGGAGGACGGCAGGCUCUGUGACCUCUCCAUCCACGUCCAGGGACAUGUGUUUAAGGCCCACCGCUGCGUCCUGGCCGCCUCCUCACCCUACUUCCAUGACCAGGUACUACUGAAGAACAUGUCCACGGUCACCAUCCCGGCGGUGAUGGACCCGCUGGCGUUCGAGAGCGUGCUGAGCUGCGCCUACACUGGUCAGCUCCGGAUGCUGCGCGACGACAUCGUCAACUACCUCACCGUGGGCAGCGUCCUGCAGAUGUGGCACAUCGUGGACAAAUGCACAGAGCUGCUGAAGGAGGGCCGGGCCGCAGUGGGAGGAGGAGGUGCUGGGGGAGGAGGUGGCAGCGGCGUGCAGGACAGAGCCAGCGUCGGUGGAGGCGGAGGGUCAGGUAACCCCGGGUGCAGCAGCAGCAACAGCGACAGCAAUGCAGGUGGAGGCACUGUAGGUAGUGGAGGGGGUAGUGAUGGCGGUAUCGGUCGCGAGCAAGCCCAGGUUGUAGGUUCCAAUGAGCCCCAGCGGGCGCCCCAGCCUCCCAGCCGCCCGUCAGUGAGUGAGAGCCAGUCUCCCAGCAGCACCAACUACUUCAGCCCCAGAGAUGGAAGCAGUUUCGGGGGAAGCAGCGCAGCUGCAGCCGGGGCUUCAGUGGACGGAGGUGGGGCCAGCAACACACCCAGCUACUGUACCCCAUCUGGAGGAGAGGAGGCCUUCCUGAUUGAAGAAGAGGAGGAGGACAUAGAGGAGGAAGAGGAGGAGGUGUUGUACCAGCAAAGGAAGAGAGGAAGAGGAGGAGGCAGCGGGAGGAGGAAGAAAAUGAGCUCAGUGCCAGAGCAGGAAGUGGGAGUCAGCGAUAGCUUUGGUGUGUCCUCCUAUCAGGAUGGGGAGGACUCGGCCUUGCCACUGCAGAAACGCCCCACCUACAGUCAGCCCAGCAUCAUGCCCCGCAAGCAGUGGGUGGUGGUGAAAACCGAACGCACAGAGGACGACGACCUCAUCGUCGUGUCCGGGGAGGAGGGAGGAGAGGAGGAAGAUGACGAUGACGAGAGGGAACUGGAGAUGGCCAGAGAGAGGGAGAGAACUGACUUCAACAUCUCCAAUGUUCGGAGUCUUUCUGCAGAGCUCGGCGGCAGAGACGACAUGGACUCGCAGGUGGACUACUGCCAGUCUUCAGAGGACUACCUCAAGUUUGAAGGCAGUUUAAUGGACCAGACUUUAGCUCAGCACCUUCAUGACAGUGCAGCAGGUCAGGGUCAGAGCCAGAGUGCUAACCGUGCCGUUUCAGCGCUGCUGGGCCAGGUUCAGUCUGCAGCCACGGCCCGGGCCCAGCUGUUCCCUCUGGACAUGCAGGGGAACCAGAUCCUCCUCUACAGCCAGGCCUCCGGGCUCUCCCUGGACUCUGCCCCGCCUCCCCUUGGGAUGGGAGGCGGUAUGAUUGGAGGGGCUUCUUUCAAAGGUCCCAAUCUGGAACACGGUGCGGUCCACCUGUCGGUGCAGGGCGGUUUAGGGGUCGAUGGCAUGGACGGCGGGGGGAAUGGCGGUGGAAGUGGCAGCGGCGGAAGCGGCAGUGGCAGCGGGGGUUCUGGGAAAGUGUUUAUGUGCCACUGUGGGAAAACCUUCACUCACAAGAGCAUGAGGGACCGCCACAUCAACAUGCACCUGGACCUGAGGCCCUUCCACUGCCCCGUCUGCGCCAAGAAGUUCAAGAUGAAGCAUCACCUCACAGAGCACAUGAAGACGCACACGGGCCUCAAGCCGUACGACUGCCUCGGCUGCGGCAAGAAGUUCAUGUGGCGCGACAGCUUCAUGAGGCACCGCUCGCACUGCGAGAGGCGCAGCGGGAUGGGAGAGGGCGGCGAAGGCGGGGGCAGCGGCGAGGGAGGGAGAAGAGGAGGAGGAGGAGGAGGUGAGGAUGGGUCAGAUUUGAUUCCCUCCCCGCACCUCCUCCUCUCACCGGGUGAGGGAGGUCAGGGUGGUAUUCUGGGAGGGGGGAGAGGGGGCGCGUCUGCUCCGUCUCCACAUCUUUCAGGCGCUGUUCUGUCAACGCAGCACGCCAGCAUCUCAGCCUCUGGAGGUAGCAGCAGUAACAGCAACUUGAGUAACAGCUCUGCUCUGAGCAACAACAUGGUCGCCGCAGGGGCGCUUCUAGGGGUCGUCUCUCAGAGUCCGGGUCAAGGCCAGGGAUCAGGGAUGUUUGGUGGUCUAGGGUUGGGUCGAAAUGUGUGUAACGAAGACGUGUGUGAAGUCAGUGCCAAUGAUAGUAGCGUGACUUAAACCAAAAUGACGUGUUAUGUCCAGCGGGCGCCUCUUUCGGAGCUAGCAGUCGUUCUUCUGGCUCCUGCUGCUGUUUUAUAAAUAUUGUACACUUUAAAGAAGCACAGAGCUCCUCUGAAAUACUUAUAACUGCCAACAUUUAGUAUUUCAAGCAGAAAGUGCGUACUUUGUCAAUAGGGGAGGGGGGGGGAAGGUGAGGCUCCCGUUGGACAGACAACCUAAAGAACCUGUAGGUGUUUACAGAAAAAAAAUGGGACUCCAGUCGACUGUCGUGGCGUGAAGUUUGUGGAUGUGCUCUGCACCGCCAACACAGUAAAACUUUGGGAAACUUGCCUCAGAAAAAGUGGCCUCAUUAAAAUGGACCUUUUGUCUCAGUGAGUAAGCUAUUGUUUUAAAUAUCCAAGAUAAUAUUUCUAUUUUUGUUUUUGCUUUUUUUUGUUUUGUUUUUGUUUUGUUUUGUGAAAGAAUGUGUGUGUGUGUGUGUGUGUGUCAAGAGGAAACCAAAAAUGAAAAGACAGUCCCUCACCAACAGUUAACAUUAUAGUAUCAGUAGUGUAGAAAAAUGGCUGUUCUAAAUUGCUGUGAUUUUCUGCAGUGUUGUGUUGUGAUAUAUCGCUGUCCUUGGAUUUAUGAAAAGAAACACAAAUCUGCAAAAUAAUUUAGGAAAGAAAAUAAAGAAAAUGACACUUCUGUGUGUCGCAAGUUAGACAAAAAAAAAUGUAGUUUCAAGCCCUCGAGGCUCAUGAAACUCACUCAGCACAUAAACGACUUUUAUUUAAUGUUCAGUUCAGUCGAGAGAAAUGAAGCUGCAGAUUUGUGUUUUAUUUAAUCCACCCACAGCAGAGGUACUUUUUUUUUCCUGCCUCAGUGUCCCAUGUAACUGAACAACUGUCAGCACUGCCAUGUUGUUUUAGAUGAUACUAUGGUGCUGAUUUGCCUGAAGCCCAUCCUGGAUUACAGUAAAAGGCACAAUCAUUUAUCCUCAUCGACCUGAUAGAUCACAGAGACAUGCGUACAGGCCGCGAUAUUUACCAGACAGGUACGAUUUUCAACCAAUUUCAAAACUUAAUGUUUGGCUGCCGACAUAGCAAAAGUCCAAGAUGAAUUUUGGAUACAUACAGACACUAUUACCUGUAAUUCAAACGCUCAUUUUCAAACUUUGCCGUUAACAGAGUUCUUGUGCUUUCAGAAGUAUAUUCUUACUGUAAAUAUACAAAAAUAUAUGUUGUUUAUUCAUCAGACCCUCAACAAAUAAUAACCUUAAUUACUGACGCGUUUUCUGCAGUGAGUGUCUGAAGGAGUUAAAUCGGUCGUUCAGGAAGUGUUUGGAAGAAUUUCAGAUGGUACUGUUCUGUUUUAGGUUUUUUAAUAUCAUCUUUAUCUGAAGUGCGUCUCUCUUCUAAUGUUUAGUUCAAUUUUGUGAAACCUAUCAAAGGUAGAUGGUAGUUUUACCUAAGCUAUACGAUGUAUAGUGUGUUUACAAGCGUACCUCUUCAGAAUGGUUGACAAAGUAGAAUAUAAUCAAGCUUUGAAGAGCAUCUCCUUUUUCACAAAAAAAGUCACAUUUUAUUUCUCUACAUUACAACAUUUUGUCAUGAACAGUGCUAAACUGUUACUUUUUCUUCUUGAUGUCACUGUUUUAAUUGUGCGUGCAGGAAUUUUCUUUGGAUUUGGAUUCCAAUCAUUUCCACUGGUAGAUUUUUCUUCCUGCAGUAAUUUUAAAAGCAUUACAGAGUCCGACAGGUCCUGACUUCCCAAACGUGUGAAAACGUUGAGAGAAUCUUUGUCUCCCUACAGAUAAAAGAGAAAGCAGUAAGCAGUGUUUCCCUCUCUGUUUCUAUUUAGCAGCUGUGGUUUUGUUUCUGGUGUCACACAUCUUCCUGUUUUGGCUUUGGAUGGUAAUAAUUCAAGCACUUUGUUAUGAAAAAGCACUAGUUUGAAACAUAAGCUAAAUGUUGGUUUGGUUCAAAUA